AUGAAUCAGCCGCGUCGCAAGUCUGCGUUCCGCAUCGAGCCGUUUCGGCACAAGGUGGAGAUGGACCCGCGAUACGCGGAGAAGACGUGGGGCAUUCUCGAGGACGCCAUCCACCAGAUCUACAACCACAACGCCUCGGGCCUCAGCUUCGAGGAGCUCUACCGGUCUCCGUCCACAGCAUCUACAAUCACAACGCCUCCGGCCUCCGCUUCCAAUAGCUCUAUUGGUACGCGCCUCCUUCCGCCCUGCGUCGCUGUCUCUUCGCUUCUGCAAAUCCGCCCUUCCAAGAGCUCUAAAGGCACGUUGGCCUCAGUUUCGCCGUUCCAAGAGCUCUACCGGCAUGAGCACGGCGACUGCCUCUACGCGUGGCUAGUAGGCGCGCUAAGAGUGUCUUUCCCCUCGUGCCCUCCCCCCCUCCCAUCCCAUCACAGCAACGCGUACAUCAAGGUGUUGCACAAGUACGGCAACCGCCUCUAUGCGGAGCUGGGUAGCACUCUUCAUGUGUCUUUCUUGUCAUUCUUCCCUUUAUCCCCCCUUUCAUCCCAUCCCAUCCCCUCCCCCCCCUCCUCCCGUCACAGCAACGCGUACAACAUGGUACUCCAUAAGUACGGCAACCGCCUGUACGCGGGGCUGGUAGGCAACCGCCUGUACGCGGGGCUGGUAGGCAACCGCCUGUACGCGGGGCUGGUAGGCAACCGCCUGUACGCGGGGCUAAGACUGUCUUUCCCUUGUCUCUCCCUGUGUUUUUACCCACUUCCCCCUUUCCCCCUCCCCCCUCCCCCCAAGCAACGCGUACAACAUGGUACUCCAUAA